GGCGCCAAGAUGGCGGCGCCCAUGGCCGAGGAGGCUCCCGGGCCCGAUCCCGGCCGAGGGUCCCGCGGGCCCGAUCCGGGAGCGGCUCCCUUCGGGAAUUUCCCGAAUUAUUCCCGUUUCCACCCCCCCGAGAGCCGCGUCAGCCUCGUGCCCCCCGGGCUGCUCCAGGCGCUGUUCCCCGACCGGCCCCGCCCGCUGCUGGCGCUCGAUGUGGGCUGUAACUCCGGGGAGCUCAGCCUCGCCCUGUACCGUCACCUGCUGAACCUCCCCGCGGACGAUCCGGGGGGAUCGCCCCUUCCCUGCUCCGAGGCCGGGCGGGAGCUGAACCUGCUGUGCUGCGACCUGGACCCCGAGCUCGUCUCCCGCGCCCGCCGGAGCAGCCCCUUCCCGGGCUCCUGCGUGUCCUUCGUGGCCCUGGACAUCAUGGAUCGCCCCUCCAGGGGGGCCCUGCUGGGCUCCCACCUGCGGCGCUUCGGCCGCCGCCGCUUCGACCUGGUGUGCUGCCUGUCGGUCACCAUGUGGAUCCACCUGCGCCACGGCGACGCCGGCCUGCGGGAAUUCCUGGCGUUCAUCAGCUCGGCCGGCUCCGUCCUGCUCCUGGAGCCCCAGCCCUGGAAGUGCUACCGGGCGGCGGCCCGGAGGAUGCGGCGGGCGGGGCGGGAGGAGCCGGAGCAUUUCCGCUCCCUGGAGAUCCGCGGGGACGUGGAGGGCGGGAUCGGCCGCUUCCUGAGGCGGGAAUGCCGCAUGGAGAGCCUGGGCUGCCUGGGCAGCACCCGCUGGCGGCGCAGCGUCCUGCUCUUCAGGGCCACGAGGGAAGAGGGGGGCUUGGAAUGGCCUCUGGAAUGUGGGGAGGGUGGGGAGGAGGAGGAGGGGAAGGAAUUCCCGAGUCCCAGAUCCCAAGAGACGUCCACGGGGAAAGGAGCUCCUGAUCUUCAGGGCCAGCAGGAAUUGCUGAUUCCCGGCUCCUGA